AUGACGCGUUCAACCCUGACAGGUCAAAGCGCGUCAUUCAAAACGACGCGUUUUAAGGACCGUCAGAUCUUGUCUUCAAUCCUGGCCGUCUUAAUUCUUGGUGGAGCAGAUACGACCGCAGUUACCGUCGAAUGGGCAAUGACAGAACUAUUAAGAAACCCGGGAAUAAUGUCGAAAGCAAAGGAUGAGCUAAGAAAUGUGAUUGGAGAAAAUAAACAAGUGGAGGAAUCCGAUAUCUCAAAACUCCCUUAUUUACGUGCAGUGAUUAAAGAGACAUUUAGAUUUCACCCGGUUGGCCCGUUUUUAAUCCCUCACAAGGCAAAUGCUAACGUAGAAAUGAAUGGUUAUGUUGUCCCUAAAGAUGCUCAAAUACUUGUGAAUAUGUGUGCAAUGGGAAGGGACCCAAGUAUAUGGUCAAAUGCAGAUAUGUUUGAGCCAGAACGAUUUUUAGACAACAAAAUCGACUACAAGGGUCAUGAUUUUGAGUUCAUUCCCUUCGGUUUGGGAAGGAGAAUAUGCCCCGGGAUGCCAUUGGCUCACAUUAUGGUGCAUCUAAUGAUGGCAUCUUUGAUUCACAACUUCGAAUGGAAACUUGAACCAGUGACGAAACCUCAGGAACUCGAGUUGAAUGAGAUGUUCGGGCUUUCACUCCAUAAGGCAGUGCCGCUUAAGGCUUUUCCUUUCAAGUAUCCAUAA